AUGAGCUCGUUAUCUAUGCUCGGAAAUGAACAGGCAGAUGCCACAGAGGAGGUCACUUGGGAGGACCAGUCGAGGAUAAAUGCAUUCUCGAAAUACAAUAAACGCCUGGAAGAUAUAGAGGAACUCCUUACUGAUAGAAAGACUGAGCGCGAGCAGCUUGAUGAUCUUUCUAUGGAGUUGGAACUCGCUGAUGAGGAUGCGCCGGUGCUGUACAAGCUUGGAGACGCUUUCGUGAGCAUCUCGCUAGAGAAAGCACAGGAGCAAAUUGAGGCUGAUGGUGAAUCCCUUGACUCAGCGAUUGAGGAGCUCAAGAGUGCGGCAGACGAUUGUGAGAAGAACAUGUCUGAAUUGAAAGUACAUCUCAAGAGCAAGUUCAAAGAUUCUAUCAACCUCGACAGGUGA